UUACCAGUCUAUUGGUCCUCAGCCUCCCUUCGCCUCAGGUGGCGUCUGCUCUAUCAUCCCCCCAACAAAAUCGCUCCUUUUUUUUUUCUUUUGAUUAAUUCUUACAAAAAUAAAAUAAACUUUUUAAAAAAGCUCCGAAAUUUCAGACGAUAAGUCGUGUAGUAGAUGAUUCGAUGCUUCUCUCAGACAUGGACCGAAAAACCCUAGCGAUUACGCCUCCACUCCUACUCCUUUCCUCCUUCUUCUUCCAUCUUCGAGGAGCAGCAUUUGGUUCAUCAAAGGCCUUUCAUUGUCUUAUGCUUCUCUCAUGUCUCUUGCUCUCCUCAGUCAACACGCUCCAUAACUUGGCUGACUAUGACUCUCUUGGCUCCAACAUUGCCGAAAGGUUUCAGAGCUUUAAUGGUGGUGGGAAUGUAGCUGUUCAGAAUGUUUGUCCCAGUUCAAACCUCCUCUUCUCUUUGCUUCCAGGUUUGGGAUCAGAGUAUCAGUUUGAUCCUCUUGUCACCUUCUUUAGUCCUUCUUCUUGUCCUGGCAAAUCAUGGAGUAGCUCUGCUCUGAAGAGUAACAACAAUCUAUCUGGUGUUGUGUGGCUGUCUCUAAAGCCUGUCCACAUCAUAGAGUUUCAGCCUUUUACUGGAUUCUCACGCAUAGGAGGAGGUACCACACCUUUGUCCAAAGAGCUCUUUGCUAAGAAGAAGAACACAAGGGAGCUGAGUAUCUCUGUCUCUGGCAAACAGUGUGAAGGGUUGUCUUCAGAACAAGUGGACUCGAUCAAGUUUCUCUUCUUCUACCAGACCGGACUCACCUGUGCAUCUGGAGUUGCUGUUUUUGCGGUCCCUAUGAAGUCCACAGCGCCUGUUCUGAUGCUUAGUCUCUGCAAAAAGCCAGUCUCUUGGUGGUUGCGAGCCAAGAAACUCUCCAUCGCGCUUCUAAUAGCCGUCGCGUUGCUUGUUCUGAUAUUCUGCUUCAACGAUCACUUCACCGAAGAGAGAAACAACAUUGCGGUUGGCAAAGGUGAGAAGCCAUCUACAGUCACAAUCUCUCUUGAAAUGGAUACUCUGCUGAGAUCCAUAAGCAAAGAGACGUUGCAAGUGUCCAACGAGGUGGUUUCCGAGAACAGUGUAAAGCCAGUUUCUUCUUCUUGCGGAGGAGGAGGAGAAACAUCGGAACUCACUGUAAAGACUGCGAAAGACAAGAAGAGGCGGCGUAACAAGAAGAAGAAGAAAGGAGCAGUCAGCGAGUUAACAACAACAGAUGUUUCGAGCAGUCAGAGCGGAAACUCAACUCCGAGAUCUCCAAUGUCACCAGAACCACCAGCUGCUGUCGUUGUUACUCAAGCCGCAACGAAGCCUACUACUACUACUCCAAAACCUGUGCUGUCGCACUCAGCGACGUUUCCUGUUUCAGGUACCAAGUCAGUGAUGAUCAGCUCUCUGGCUCCAAAUGCGAGAGCUCCUGGACCCAAGUCGAGAAGUGAAGUGAAAGAAGAGGAAGAGUAUAGGAAUUAUGAUAUAUGGGGAGAUCACUUGACGGGGCUUCGUUUGAUGGAUAGGUUUAAGGAAGUGAGAGAAGGUAGAAGCAGCUCAUGUUUUGGUGAAGAGGACGAGUUUGUGAGUCUUUUUGUUAAGGGUCCUCAUCACAACUUGUUACCAGGCUCUCAUGCCAACAAACCAAUGGGUCUUCUAAUAAAGAAAUAAAAUAAAAAAAAGAGAUGAUAUUAUUAUAUAAUAAUGCAAAGCCCAAUGGGCUUUAUGAGUGGUUC